CGUGUUGCGCAUGAGAUGUUUUCGGUGUGCGCCCCACCCUUGGACAAGCUGUUGUUAUUCACAAUCACAGUUUACCUCGUCCGCUUUGUGUUUUUGCACUCGUCUGCCCUGUCUCCACCGCAGAGGCUGACAGCUGAUGAUGAGCCUCAGGGGGAUAUUUAAAGCUCUGGGAAAGCGGAAGCCUGGUCUGCUGUGUUAUCAGCUGAGGGCUGCUAGCUAGCACAGCGCCGAAUAGCAUAUCACUAGCUAGCUAGCGAGUGGCACUUUGUUCAGCGCUGUUACUUCACACAUAACAGCUAAAAAUGAAACGAGAAGGAAACACGAGGUUGUUAGGGCGGUAAUGCCUGCAGCAGUGAAACGUCUCUAAAGAAGAAGACUGGAAGCCAACCACUCCCAACCUGUGGAGAGCAGAGUUUGUGCUUCCUGCUCCUGAAGUCAACCUUCAGCCCCUGACCCUUUCCAUCCUCACCUUCACUGUAACCAUGACGACAGGCGGGUGUUGCCACCUGCCUGGCUCUCUGUGUGACUGCGCAAGCAGCGCUGGCCUGUGGAAGAGCGCGGAGGAAGCGGGUGGUGAAGGGUGCCAGGCGCUCUACGUCACCCAGGUCACGUCCAUGGAUGGACGGUUGCUCUCCUCUGUGCUCAAACCUAUGAGCGCGCAAAGUGAUGGUCCCAUCUGCCGUAUUUGCCACGAAGGCGGCAGCAGCGAGGGCCUCCUGUCUCCGUGCAACUGCACAGGCACCCUGGGCACGGUGCACAGGAGCUGCUUGGAGAAGUGGCUGUCCUCCUCCAACACCAGCUACUGUGAGCUCUGCCACACAGAGUUCAGCAUCGAGCGCCGGCCGAGGCCUCUCACAGAGGUAACAAAGUGGCUGCACGACCCCGGCCCUCGUAAUGAGAAGAGGACGCUGUUCUGUGACAUGGUGUGCUUUCUGUUCAUCACGCCCCUAGCAGCCAUUUCGGGCUGGCUGUGCCUGAGGGGCGCUCAGGACCAUCUUCAACUGGGGAGCUGGCUGCAGGCCGUGGGCCUCAUCGCCCUCACCAUCGCCCUCUUCACCAUCUAUGUUCUGUGGACCCUGGUAUCUUUCCGCUACCACUGUCAGCUGUACUCUGAGUGGAGAAGAACAAAUCAGAAAGUACGUCUGCUCAUUCCUGAAGCCAAGGAGUCUAACUCUUCCCAGCAUUCCUUGCUCUCUACCAAACUGAUGAAGAAGUCCGCCAAUGAGAGUAUAGUAUGAGACCAAAUGGAGAUGCUUGGUGAUAAUGGUGUCUUUUAUGUGCGAGGGGCUGAAUGUCCCCUGCCAACCAAGCCUUUAAAGAAGCACUUGUGGGCUUUUUUUGUUGUUGUUGCUUUUCACACAAAAGAAAUGUAUUUGCCCCAUCAGUACUUAAGUCACAUUACUUUUUAAAAAGAAAUCUGCCCUCCUGUGGGUGCAGAAAUAUGUUUAAAUGGAGUCUGGGUGACCAAGCUUAUGCAAAGGCGCUGAGGAACGCAACAGCACAUGGAGAUGUGCAGAGGCAUUUGCAGACCCAUUGGGACAUCAUCAUGGAUAUAACCUUAAAUAACAGUGACAGCUGAAUAAGACAUGACCAAACUAACUUGUUUAGUGGACUGUGAAAUGUUUUAAAUGUUGUUCGGCUUGGUUUCAACAAACCCAUCGAUGGUCCACAGAUGACUGCGGAGUGUAGCAGCUCCGUUCAAUGUUGUGCUGCAAUGAUGAAAGUGUGUAAACUGCUAUAUACAUGUCAUAUCUGGGCAUGCCCUUACCUACAUAGGCCUUGCAUUCUCUGCAAAACGUUGCCCAUUGGGGAGAGCUCUUUCGAUUGUGUGAUGCCAUAUUAAUCUGGAAAAAAAAAACAUAGCUCUUUGAUUUAUUCACAAUUCAGAUGCCAGUAUGUUGUCUGAGAUGAAACUUUAGUUUUGGCACAAGCCUAUUGGACUUCUUUCAAGGUUUUCUUUUUAAUCCUUCCUCUGUUUUUACAUCUCAUACAACAUUGGGUGGCGGCACAGAAUUAGUAAAACCCAGAGAUUGUGCAAUAAAACACUGUGGACAUCGAGGUCUUCACAGUACACGAAGAGACCUUUCCCAACAUGCACAGUUAUGCAUGCAAGCACUGUUAAUCAUUUGGGGGGAGAAUUUUUUAAUUUUUUUUUAUUUUGUUAGUGUGUUGUAAAAUUCCUUUUGUGGUUUAAAAAAACUGAAUAAUGAAAAGAUUUACUAUUGCUACUGAAGUAGGGUUUAACCGUGUCCUCAUAGAGGUUCUUGUAUUAUCAGCACUAAGCAAGUAGGUCUUGUAUAGAUCGAUGCAAAACCUCAUCAGAAUGGCUCUUAGGGGAACAUUUCCACAAGUGGUGUUGGUUGGCUAAUGCAGUGUACUAAAGCAUCAUUUGACUUUGUCUGUUAAAGUAAAGCUUUAGUGCGUAACUUUUUGAUAUUAACGAUCGUCCGUUCCAUUCAAGCCAUUGCCAAAUGAGUUGCUACAAAGCUAAUUAGGACUAUCGGCGCCACACAAAUCUCUCUGUAUUUCUCAGUAGGACUAUGUUCAGAAGAUUGGGGCGUCCGGUGACUUUCCCGCGCAGAAUCUCAAGUGAAGAUAAUUACCGCUUCUGAAGAG